AGGAGAAACUUCUUUGAGGUUGGAAAUAAAGGGAAGGUGACACUGGAGCGGAUAGAAAGGAAGAAACGGAGUGGGAUCUGGGAAUGAGGCAGUGGGUGGAGAGAGAAUGGGGAGAUGACAGAUGAUGAAAGGCAGUGAGUGUGUCUGCGGGAGAAGGACCAAAGCAAUCUGGGCGGAGCAGGUGGCAGGGGCAGCCGCGGAGGAGGCCCAGGGAACUGACGGGAAUGCUCAGCCAGGCCCAGAGGAUGCGCCCUGGCAGUCCCGGAAGACACCAGGAAAACAAGCAGGAACCGUAGCUGAGACUGAGGUGGCCAGGCCCAAGAAAUCCAUGAAGGGGACAGACAGCGGGUCCUGCUGCCGCCGCCGAUACGAGUUGGGCUGCUGCUGUCGCGCGUCCCGCCGGGCUCACCACGCGCCUUACCGUUCCGGGGACGCGACGCGAACCCCUCAGUCCCCGCGGCAUCCCCCGAGCCGGGAAAGACGGCGCCCGGAGCCAGCCGGGAGCUGGGCAGCGGCGGCAGAGGAGGAAGAAGCAGCCGCGGCGGCCGCACCCUGGAUGAGAGAUUAUUUUGCAGAGGAUGAUGGGGAGAUGGUACCCAGAACAAGUCACACAGCAGCUUUUCUUAGUGACACUAAAGAUCGAGGCCCUCCAGUGCAGUCACAGAUCUGGAGAAGUGGUGAAAAGGUCCCCUUUGUGCAGACAUAUUCCUUGAGAGCAUUUGAGAAACCUCCUCAGGUACAGACCCAGGCUCUUCGAGACUUUGAGAAGCACCUCAAUGACCUGAAGAAGGAGAACUUCAGCCUCAAGCUGCGCAUCUACUUCCUGGAGGAGCGCAUGCAACAGAAGUAUGAGGCCAGCCGGGAGGACAUCUACAAGAGGAACAUUGAGCUGAAGGUUGAAGUGGAGAGCUUGAAACGAGAACUCCAGGACAAGAAACAGCAUCUGGAUAAAACAUGGGCUGAUGUGGAGAAUCUCAACAGUCAGAAUGAAGCUGAGCUCCGACGCCAGUUUGAGGAGCGACAGCAGGAGACAGAGCAUGUUUAUGAGCUCUUGGAGAAUAAGAUCCAGCUUCUGCAGGAGGAAUCCAGGCUAGCAAAGAAUGAAGCUGCGCGGAUGGCAGCUCUGGUGGAAGCAGAGAAGGAGUGUAACCUGGAGCUCUCAGAGAAACUGAAGGGAGUCACCAAAAACUGGGAAGAUGUACCAGGAGACCAGGUCAAGCCCGACCAAUACGCUGAGGCCCUGGCCCAGAGGGACAAGAGAAUCGAAGAACUGAAUCAGAGCCUGGCUGCCCAGGAGAGGCUUGUAGAACAGCUAUCUCGGGAGAAACAACAACUGCUACAUCUGUUGGAGGAGCCAGCUAGCAUGGAAGUGCAGCCCAUGACUGAAGAGUUACUCAAACAACAAAAGCUGAAUUCACAUGAGACCACUAUAACUCAGCAGUCUGUAUCUGAUUCCCACUUGGCAGAACUCCAGGAAAAAAUCCAGCAAACAGAGGCCACCAAUAAGAUUCUUCAAGAGAAACUUAAUGAAAUGAGCUAUGAACUAAAGUGUGCUCAGGAGUCGUCUCAAAAGCAAGAUGGUACAAUUCAGAACCUCAAGGAAACUCUGAAGAGCAGGGAAAGUGAGACUGAGGAGUUGUACCAGGUGAUUGAAGGUCAAAAUGACACAAUGGCAAAGCUUCGAGAAAUGCUGCACCAAAGCCAGCUUGGACAACUUCACAGCUCAGAGGGUACUUCCCCAGCUCAGCAACAGGUGGCUCUGCUUGAUCUUCAGAGUGCUUUAUUCUGCAGCCAGCUGGAAAUACAGAAGCUCCAGAGGAUGGUACGACAGAAAGAGCGCCAACUGGCUGAUGCCAAACAAUGUGUGCAAUUUGUAGAGGCUGCAGCACACGAGAGUGAACAGCAGAAAGAGGCUUCUUGGAAACAUAACCAGGAAUUGCGGAAAGCCUUGCAGCAGCUGCAAGAAGAAUUGCAGAACAAGAGCCAACAGCUUCGUGCCCAGGAGGCUGAAAAAUACAAUGAGAUUCGAACCCAGGAACAAAACAUCCAGCACCUAAACCAUAGUCUGAGUCACAAGGAGCAAUUGCUUCAGGAAUUUCGGGAGCUCCUACAAUAUCGAGAUAACUCAGACAAAACCCUUGAAGCAAAUGAAAUGUUGCUUGAGAAACUUCGCCAGCGCAUACAUGAUAAAGCUGUUGCUCUGGAGCGGGCUAUAGAUGAAAAAUUCUCUGCUCUAGAAGAGAAAGAAAAAGAACUGCGCCAGCUUCGUCUUGCUGUGAGAGAGCGAGAUCAUGACUUAGAGAGACUGAGAGGUGUCCUCUCCUCCAAUGAAACUACUAUGCAAAGUAUGGAGAGUCUCCUGAGGGCCAAAGGCCUGGAAGUGGAACAGUUAUCUACUACCUGUCAAAACCUCCGGUGGCUGAAAGAAGAAAUUGAAACCAAAUUUAGCCAUUGGCAGAAGGAACAAGAGAGUAUCAUUCAGCAGUUACAGACAUCUCUGCAUGAUAGGAACAAAGAAGUGGAGGAUCUUAGUGCAACAUUGCUGUGCAAACUUGGACCAGGGCAGAGUGAGAUAGCAGAGGAGCUGUGCCAGCGUCUACAGCGAAAGGAAAGGAUGCUGCAGGACCUUCUAAGUGAUCGAAACAAACUAGUGGUGGAACAUGAAAUGGAGAUUCAAGGCCUGCUUCAGUCUAUGAGCACCAGGGAGCAGGAAAGCCAAGCUGCUGCGGACAAGAUGGUGCAAGCCUUAUUGGAAAGAAAUUCGGAAUUACAGGCCCUGCGCCAAUAUUUAGGAGGGAGAGACUCCCUGACAUCCCAAGCACCCAUCUCUAACCAACAAGCUGAAGUUACCGCCACUGGCCCCCCUCUUGGAGAACAGACUGAUCAAGGUUCAAUGCAGAUACCUUCCAGAGAUGGUAGCACUUCAUUGACUGCCAAAGAGGAUGCCAGCAUACCCAGAUCCACAUUAGGAGACUUGGACACAGUUGCAGGGCUGGAAAAAGAACUGAGUAAUGCCAAAGAGGAACUUGAACUCAUGGCUAAAAAAGAAAGAGAAAGUCAGAUGGAACUUUCUGCUCUACAGUCCAUGAUGGCUGUGCAAGAAGAAGAGCUGCAGGUGCAGGCUGCUGAUAUGGAGUCUCUGACCAGGAACAUACAGAUUAAAGAAGAUCUCAUAAAGGACCUGCAAAUGCAACUGGUUGAUCCUGAAGACAUACCAGCUAUGGAACGCCUGACCCAGGAAGUCUUACUUCUUCGGGAAAAAGUUGCUUCAGUAGAAUCCCAGGGUCAAGAAAUUUCAGGAAACCGAAGACAACAGUUGCUGCUGAUGCUAGAAGGACUAGUGGAUGAACGGAGUCGGCUCAAUGAGGCCUUAUAAGCAGAGAGACAGCUGUAUAGCAGUCUGGUGAAGUUCCAUGCCCAUCCAGAGAGCUCUGAGAGAGACCGAACUCUGCAGGUGGAACUGGAAGGGGCUCAGGUGUUACGCAGUCGGCUAGAAGAAGUUCUUGGACGAAACUUGGAGCGCUUAAACAGGCUGGAGACCCUGGCCGCCAUUGGAGGUGCAGCUGCAGGGGAUGACACGGAAGAUGCAAGCACUGAGUUCACUGACAGUAUUGAGGAGGAGGCCACACACCAUAGUCACCAGCAACUUGUCAAGGUGGCUUUGGAGAAAAGUCUGGCAACUGUGGAGACCCAGAAUCCAUCUUUUUCCCCUCCUUCCCCGAUGGGAGGGGACAGUAACAAGUGUCUUCAGGAAGAAAUACUCCACCUGAGGGCUGAGAUCCACCAGCACUUAGAAGAGAAGAGGAAAGCUGAGGAGGAACUGAAGGAGCUAAAGGCUCAAAUUGAGGAAGCAGGAUUCUCCUCAGUGUCCCACAUCAGGAACACCAUGCUGAGCCUUUGCCUUGAGAAUGCAGAGCUGAAAGAGCAGAUGGGAGAAGCAAUGUCUGAUGGAUGGGAGAUCGAGGAAGACAAGGAGAAGGGCGAGGUGAUGGUUGAGACUGUGGUAGCCAAAGAGGGUCUGAGUGAGAGUAGCCUUCAGGCUGAGUUCAGAAAGCUCCAGGGAAAACUGAAGAAUGCCCACAAUAUCAUCAACCUCCUCAAAGAACAACUUGUGCUGAGUAGCAAAGAAGGGAAUAGUAAACUUACUCCAGAGCUCCUUGUGCAUCUGACCAGCACCAUCGACAGAAUAAACACAGAACUGGUUGGUUCUCCUGGGAAGCACCAACACCAAGAGGAGGGGAAUGUGAAUGUGAGGCCUUGCUCCAGACCCAAGAGCCUUGACCUUGGGGCUACCUUCUCAGUGGAUGCCCACCAAUUGGAUAACCAGUCCCAGCCUCGUGACCCUGGGCCUCAGUCAGCCUUUAGCCUACCAGGGUCCACUCAGCACCUGCGCUCCCAGCUGUCACAAUGCAAACAACGCUAUCAAGAUCUCCAGGAGAAGCUGCUGCUAUCAGAAGCCACUGUCUUUGCUCAGGCUAAUGAGCUGGAGAAAUACAGAGUUAUACUUACAGGUGAAUCCUUAGUGAAGCAGGACAGCAAGCAGGUCCAGGUGGACCUCCAGGACCUGGGCUAUGAGACUUGUGGCCGAAGUGAGAAUGAGGCUGAACGGGAGGAAACCACCAGUCCCGAGUGUGAGGAGCACAACAGCCUCAAGGAGAUGGUCCUGAUGGAGGGGCUGUGCUCUGAGCAGGGGCGCCGGGGCUCAACGCUGGCUGGUUCCUCCAAGAGGAAGCCCUUGGAGAACCAGCUAGGGAAGCAGGAAGAGUUCCGGGUAUAUGGAAAGUCAGAAAACAUCUUGGUCCUACGAAAGGACAUCAAAGAUCUGAAGGCCCAGCUGCAGAAUGCCAACAAGGUCAUUCAAAACCUCAAGAGCCGGGUCCGGUCCCUCUCGGUUACAAGUGAUUAUUCGUCUAGUCUGGAGAGACCCCGGAAGCUGAGAGCUGUUGGCACCCUGGAGGGGUCUUCACCUCACAGUGUCCCUGAUGAGGAUGAAGGGUGGCUGUCUGAUGGCACUGGGGCUUUCUACUCGCCAGGGCUUCAGGCCAAAAAGGACCUGGAGAGUCUCAUCCAGAGAGUAUCCCAGCUGGAGGCCCAGCUCCCAAUAAAUGGACUAGAAGGGAAGCUGGCUGAGGAGCUGAGAUCAGCCUCAUGGCCUGGGAAAUAUGAUUCCCUGAUUCAGGAUCAGGCCCGGGAACUAUCUUACCUACGGCAAAAAAUACGAGAAGGGAGAGGUAUUUGUUAUCUUCUCACCCAGCAUGCAAAAGAUACAGUAAAAUCUUUUGAGGAUCUCCUAAGAAGCAAUGACAUUGACUACUACCUGGGACAGAGCUUCCGGGAGCAACUGGCCCAGGGAAGCCAGCUGACAGAGAGGCUCACCAGCAAACUCAGCACCAAGGAUCAUAAAAGUGAGAAAGAUCAAGCUGGACUUGAGCCACUGGCCCUCAGGCUCAGCAGGGAGCUGCAGGAGAAGGAGAAAGUCAUUGAAGUCCUGCAGGCCAAGCUGGAUGCUCGGUCCCUCACACCCUCCAGCAGCCGUGCCUUGUCUGACUCCCACCGCUCUCCCAGCAGCACCUCUUUCCUGUCUGAUGAGCUGGAAGCCUGCUCUGACAUGGACAUAGCCAGCGAGUACACACACUAUGAAGAGAAGAAAGCUUCUCCCGGUCACUCAGAUUCCAUCCAUCAUUCGAGUCAUUCUGCUGUGUUAUCUUCUAAACCAUCAUCAACCAGUGCAUCUCAGGGGGUUAAGGCCGAAUCCAGCAGCAACCCCAUCAUCUUGCCAACUCCCCAGAAUCCCCCCAAGGAGGCCAACCAGGCCCAUUCAGGUGCCAGCACCGUUCCUCCUGCUUCCACAGCUACAUUGCCGAGCAACGACUUGGAAGCCGGCUCUUCCCACUACCUCAACUCUGCCCAGCCUCACUCUCCUCCAAGAGGCACCAUAGAACUGGGAAGAAUCCUGGAGCCUGGGUACCUGGGCAGCAGUGGCCAGUGGGACAUGAUGAGGCCUCAGAAAGGGAGUGUAUCUGGGGACCUAUCCUCAGGCUCCUCUGUGUACCAGCUUAACUCCAAACCCACAGGGGCUGACCUGCUGGAAGAGCAUCUUGGUGAAAUCCGGAACCUGCGCCAGCGCCUGGAGGAGUCCAUCUGCAUCAAUGACCGCCUACGGGAGCAACUGGAACACCGGCUGAGCUCUGCUGCUCGUGGAAGUGGAUCCACCUCUAACUUCUGCAGUCAGGGCCUGGAGUCCAUACCUCAGCUCUGCAAUGAGAACAGAGUCCUCAGGGAAGAAAAUCGAAGACUUCAGGCUCAACUGAGUCAUGUUUCCAGAGAGCACUCCCAGGAAACGGAAAGCCUGAGGGAGGCUCUGCUGUCCUCUCGAUCCCACCUUCAAGAGCUGGAAAAGGAGCUGGAGCACCAGAAGGUGGAAAGGCAGCAGCUUUUGGAAGACUUAAGGGAGAAGCAGCAAGAGGUCUUGCAUUUCAGGGAGGAACGUCUUUCCCUCCAGGAAAACGACUCCAGACUGCAGCACAAGCUGGUCCUUCUGCAGCAACAGUGUGAAGAGAAACAGCAGCUCUUUGAGUCCCUCCAGUCAGAGCUACAAAUCUACGAAGCACUUUAUGGCAAUUCCAAGAAGGGGCUGAAAGCUUACAGCCUGGAUGCCUGUCACCAAAUCCCUUUGAGCAGUGACCUGAGCCACCUGGUGGCAGAGGUACAAGCUCUGAGAGGGCAGCUGGAGCAGAGCAUUCAGGGGAACAAUUGUCUGCGACUGCAACUGCAACAGCAGCUGGAUAGUGGUGCUGGCAAAGGCAGCCUCAGCCCCUCCUCUGUUAACCAGAACUUCCCAGCCAGCGUUGACCCUGGAAACAAGCAGCUGCUCCUCCAAGAUUCAGCUGUGUCCCCUCCAGUCCGGGAUGUUGCGAUGAAUUCCCCAGCUCUGGUCCUCCCCAGCUCUGCUUCCUCUACUCCUGGCUCAGAAACGGCCAUAAUCCACAGAACAAAUGGCUUGGGUUUGGAUACCUCUCCAAUAAUGAAGACCCCUCCCAAGCUGGAGGGUGAUGCUACUGAUGGCUCCUUUGCCAAUAAGCAUGGCCGCCAUGUCAUUGGCCACAUUGAUGACUACAGUGCCCUGAGACAGCAGAUUGCGGAGGGCAAGCUGCUGGUCAAAAAGAUAGUGUCUCUUGUGAGGUCAGCGUGCAACUUUCCUGGCCUUGAAGUCCAAGGCACAGAGGUGCUAGGCAGCAAAGGCAUUCAUGAGCUUCGGAGCAGCACCACUGCCCUGCACCAUGCCCUAGAGGAGUCGGCUUCCCUCCUCACCAUGUUCUGGAGAGCGGCCCUGCCAAGCACCCACAUCCCUGUGCUGCCUGGCAAAGUGGGAGAAUCAACAGAAAGGGAACUUCUGGAACUGAGAACCAAAGUAUCCAAACAGGAGCAGCUCCUUCAGAGCACAGCUGAGCGUCUGAAGACCGCGAACCAGCAGAAGGAGAGCAUGGAGCAGUUCAUCGUCAGCCAGCUAACCAGAACACACGAUGUUUUAAAGAAGGCAAGGACUAACUUAGAGGUGAAAUCCCUAAGGGCUCUGCCGUGUACUCCAGCCUUGUGACCCUUGCCUUCCAGGCACCAUGCAAGAAGCACAGCCACCAGAAGUCCUUAAAACAGCAGGAAAGGUGGGCCUGUCCCCCUUUUGUGCAGCUACCUAUCUGCUGAGGAGCAUCUGGGCCUCGUCCCUCCAAGUCCACCAGAGGGUCCAGAAGAGGGAGUCGGAGAUGUAUCCUGGUGGAGCUGGGAGAAAGCCAGAAAGCCUUUCUGAGAGCUAUGGAAUACCGUUAGCCAAGGUCCACUUGGCCCAGCACUAAGCAGAAGAUGCGUAGUUUGCAUAGAAGGUUUCGUGGUACUGCUUCUCAACAGCCCCAGCAGCUUGGGAACUAGCAACAGCACAUUUCUUGCCUCAUCAGCUGUCCUGAGAUGGAAAGCUCAGUGGAUAUAGGACCCUGAUUCCGAUGAAUGGGGCACGUGGUCCCAAUGCUGGAGCUCCUCUGGCAGGUUCUAAAAGCACACUACUGAGCAGCGGUGCCCUGCCGGACACUGCUGGCGGAGCUCAGUGAGCACUACUCACAGAUCCACACCUGACCCUGUUGGGUCAAGUCAGGCUGGGCUUUGGUCUGUACUGUAGCACCUGUGUUCUUUGAGUUCACAUCAUGAAUGUGGUGACUUCCCAGAUACCAUCUCAGGCUUAACCUAGCACAUCCGAUUUCUUUUCUUCUAUGAUAUCCAAAUUGGACUGACCUCAUUUCAAAUAUGCUGUCCCAUUUUGUCAUCCUAUCUUACCUCGGGGAAAUUGGGAACUGAUGGCCAGACCAAUUCUGUUGAAAUUCUUGCAUAGAGCAAACCUGUGCUCAUUUUUAAGUGGCAUGGGAGAGGCCCCCAGCCUCAUAGAGCCUAGUCUGUGUCUUCACAGUGCUGAUAGAAUAUGUGUGUGUGUAUAAAUGUAUGAUAUAGAUUUAUAUAUGUUGCUAUCGCCAUAUAUUGAAGGCCAACAUAACCGGUGGACAGGGUGGGUGACAGAAAAUGAAAGUCUUUUUGGUGAUUAUUAAAGCAAAAUGUGUAUAAAGAAAUAAAUAGUUUUUCUUUCA